UAUCAUAAUUUUCCAUAUAUUAUAUAUGACUAAAUCUUUGCUUGAUUUUAACUAAAUAAAUAAAAUAUGAAAAUCUUAGAAAAUCACUCCUAAAUAUCACUUCGUAAUUAAUACCUUAAUUAGCACUAAUCUUUACGAAAUGUUUUAUUCUCUAAUUACCAUUUUUUCCUCAUAAUUGACUGUUCAUUGCAAGUUGUUUCCACGUUCAAGUGAUUGUCAUGGAGCCCUUUGCAGAUGUGAGUUGCAUAUUGAAAGUGGAUGUUCAUUGCGAUGCAUGCAAGAUGAAGAUGGUGGAAGUGUUAAGCUCCGUAUGCGGUGUGUAUGCAUUGACAAUAAAUGCAGAAAAAGGGGAAGUAAAUGUAUGUGGAGAAGUUGAUCCCAACUUAUUAGUGAAGGCACUAAAAGGAACAGGAAAACAUGCAGAAAUAGUACAUAUAAAGCUUAAGCAUCCUUCUCUUAUUACUCCCACAGCACAUUAUCGUCCUUACAGUGGUUAUGGCCAUGGUUACCAUGGCCUUGGCUACGGUUACGGCCAUGGCCACGGCUAUGGUUAUAGUCGUGGCCAUGACUACUAUAACACAAUGCCAAUGAGUCCAUACAAUUAUUCAAUGAGAAGAUCCAUGACGAUGGAGCAACCUCACUACUAUGGUCAUCAUGCUUCUUCAUAUCCUAGGUAUCGGCCAUUUUACUAUUAAUUAUUUUAUCAAGGAAUAUGCUGAAAUGAAUUAUGGAACGCUAUGCUUUAAUGUUGAUUUAACUAGCCAGAGUUUUGUGAGCCAAAAAGCUUGAAUUACAAUAUUUCGAGAGUAAUGAUAAGAUUGUGAUCAAUAUUAAUUAAGGGUAAAGGAUAUUUUUAUAGCCUAUCCCAAAUAACAUUUUACAGUAUGAUUCACGAUCCGUAUUUUCCUAUUAUGUUUAAUUACGUUUGUAACUAAGAUUCUUUAAGAAGAGUAACACCUUGGACUUGUCUUGACCAA